UUUAACAUUAUUGUGCAGCUGUGCAGUUUCCAUUGUUACUUUUCGUGGCUCUAGUAUCGAUCUUCGCUAACCUUACAAGUGAUAGGUGAUGUUAUCAUUACAGAAUGUAAAUCAAAUUUUGUCCUGAAGUAUCAUUGAUAGAAACGAAUUUAAUUUUAAUAAUAAUAUGGAACUAAUUCAAGAAGUUAACGUAACAAAAUAAAAGGCUAUUUUAAAAGAAUCAACAAUGUCGAAUAGCAUAUUGUUAAAUAUCUCGGAAAGUUUAAAUGCAUCUGAAGCUGCACUUCGUCUUCUUAUCUCCAUAUUCCUUGGAUUACCGAUCGCUCUUCUUCACAGAUAUACUUUAUACGGAAAAUGUCCAGUUUGUCAACAUAUAUUUUUCGCAACCUGUGGCGUUUUGAUUUGCUUAUGGAAUUAUGGAUUUAAUAUACUUCAUUCAGCAGCGACGGUGUACGUCACUUAUCGGGUCUUAAAACGUCUUGGUGGUUCGUCCCUGUCUGUUAUUAUUAUUUUCAUCUUCAAUAUGGCUUAUCUUCUAUGUGGAUAUUAUAUGACAAGUACAGAUGACUAUGAUAUAAAGUGGACUAUGCCACAGUGUGUAUUAGCUCUGCGAUUAAUUGGUCUCUCGUUCAAUUUACUAGACGGUCAAAAAUCCGAAGAAAAGUUGUCUGCAUCGCAGAAACAAGUGGCCUUGAAAGAACAACCUACGUUUUUAGAGAUUGCAGCAUUUACAUAUUUCCCAGGAUCGUUUCUCGUUGGGCCACAAUUUAGUAUGAAACGAUAUUUAGACUAUGUACAUGGCCGAUACACGCUGAUCGAUAAGGAUUCUAAUUCUGUGAAGGAAGAAAUUGAACUUCAUGAUUGCAUUAUUCCUGGUAUUUCUCGAAUGUUCCUCGGAUUCAUAUACUUGAUAUGCUACCAAUUAGGGACUUCAUACAUUCCCAAUCAAUAUCUAUUGAGUACAGAAUUCCAGGAACAGACAUUUUUCAAACGUCUUUUCAUAAUUGGCUUUUGGGGCCAUGUCAAUCUUUACAAAUACAUUUCUUGCUGGUUAUUAGCUGAAGGGGUUUGUACAAUUUUUGGUUUAACAUAUAAUGGAAAGAAUAAGGAUGGUCGUCCGUUGUGGAACGGUUGUGAAAAUGUAAAGUUGUUGAAAUUUGAAACAGCAAGUCAUUUUAAUGAUUACAUUUUGUCAUUCAAUAUAAAUACCAAUACUUGGUGCGCGGAAUAUAUUUACAAGAGGUUAAAAUUUUUGGGUUCAAAAAUAUAUAGCCAAUUUUUCACUCUGGUUUUCCUCGCAGUAUGGCAUGGAUUUCAUUCAGGAUAUUAUUUGUGCUUCUUCCUUGAAUUUGUGAUCACGUUCGCUGAGAAAGAUUUGACUCAAAUAUUGACGAAGCAGCAGAAAUUACAAAGCUUGUUAAAAAAUCAUCCAGCACUUCAAAUACUUACACGGAUUCUGAUGAUGAUGCACACAUUUGUUUUUAUGGGUUACAGUCUUAUUUGUUUUAUAUUUUUGUCUUACUCUCGUUAUACUCACGUUUAUUCUUCCGUUUAUUAUUGUGGUCAUAUAAUAUAUUUGACCUAUCCUUUUAUUUCUAUAUUCAUCAAGAAAUUUUUUUUUAAAAAACGUCCCAAGAAGCUUGAGUAGUAAUAUAACAAAAUUUCUGAACAAGUUUUAUUGUUUUAUUAAUGAUAUUAAUGGUAUUAAAAAAAAAUAAGGGAAAAAAUGGGAAACGAGAAUGGGAAAUGGGAAAUGGGAAGGAAUAAUAAAAAAUACUUUGUCUUCAAUCGCACAUAACUUGUUAAAGUACAAGAAUAUUUACAAACUAUUUUUGAAGAGCGCUAAUUACUAUAGUAAAAUAUACAAUAAAUUUUGUAUGAAUGUUACGGAGGAUUGCAAUUUUCGUAAAAACGAAAGAAAAUUUAUAUU